AUGAACGAACAUCAAAGUAAUCAAGUUGAAUCAAUAGAUGUUACUGAUCCUCAAUGUGAUACACAAGUUACAACAAGAAAUUCUAAUGAAAAUUCAUCAUUAUUAACAAAAACAAUUAUUGAAGAUAAACCACCUACACUUGGUGAAUAUACUAUAACAGAACGUGAUGAUAAACCAUCUUUAUUAGAAGUAUUUCGUCAUCAUGUGAAAUCAUAUAAUGGUAGUGAUGAUGCUCGUUUAUGGUUAAAACAUAUUCAAUCGAAAUUUAUGGAAUUUAAUUUAACAUUUGAUGAACGAUUCGAGCUUAUUCCAUAUUUUUUUGAAGAUGAUGUUUUUAUUUGGUAUACAUUAAAUCAAGAUAAAUUUCAAUCAUAUGCACAUUUAUGUCAGUUAUUUAUACAAGAAUAUAUUAAAUUUAAUCGUGAACAAAUUCAAGAUCGUGUUGUUAAUGCUUUUUGUGAACAAAUUCCUGCUCGUGUUGUUAAUGCUCAUCGUGAACAAACUCCUUAUCAUGUUAUUAAUGCUCAUCGUGAACAAAUUCAAGAUCGUGUUGUUAAUGCUUCUUGUGAACAAAUUCCUGAUCGUGUUGUUAAUACUAAUGGUGAACAGAUAAAUGAAUCGUCAGCAUUACAUCCACUUGUUGUUGUUAAUGCUAAUCGUGAACAAAUAAAUGAUUUAUCAAAAACAAUUGCUAAAGCGUUGAUCGACAAAUUCAUUAAAGAUCCAUUAAAAUUUUAUGGUGGUAAAGACAACGUGACAACAUGGAUUGAUGAAAUUGAACAACAAUUUAAUAUAAUGCAUUUAAAUGAUAAUGAAAAAUUAAAAUUAAUUCAUAUAUGUCUUGCUUGUGAAGCUUUACAAUGGUACAAACAACACAACUUUACAUGCUGGACCAUAUUUAUUGAUGAAAUACGCAAAUCAUUUACAUCAAAUUUACAACGUGAUAUGGCUUUUGAUAAACUUAAAAAGUAUCAUCAAACAAUUCAUCAAUCGGUUACACAAUAUUAUGUCGAAAUGAUGAAAAUAAUGAAACAAGCUGAUCCACAAAUGAAUGAAUCAACACAAGUUCGAUAUCUCAUGAACGGUCUUCGUCAAUCUUUAUCUACUGAAACUCGAAGAAAUUAUCCUGCAAAUCCAGAAGCAUUUUUAUCACAAGCAAAAAUAGCUGAAGAACUUACUACAUUAAAUAAUGCAUUUACUGGUGGUUCAAUUAAUAAUAAUGAAUUAACAGCAUCAAAUUCUUAUUCAAAUAUUAAUGGUUCAACAAUAAAAAAUCAAUUUAAUGAUUAUCGUCGUGAUGCAAAUGAUAAAAAUCAUUAUUAUAAUAAUAAUACUAAUUAUUCUCCUCAUAAUGAUAAUAAUCAACAUGGUUAUUUGAAUCAAAUUUCAAAAUCUUCAUUUUUUAAUUCAUCUCGUCAAGUAAAUUCUGUUAAAUCACCACAAAAAAUUCCAUCAUCAUCAUAUAAUUAUAAUAAUAAUUAUAAUACACAUAAAAAUAAUCGUUUUCAACAACAAUCUCAAUCAUAUAAAUGUUGUUUUAAUUGUGGUUCUGCAAAUCAUUUAGCACGUUAUUGUCACCAUUUCGGAAAUCGAAGUCAAUGA